AUGGAGUGCAAGUUCAGUGACGGGACACAUGAGUCUGGCAUGGAAGUGAGGCUUGAUACUCAGAUAGUUGUCUCUAUGGCUACUACAUCAACAUUGAAUAGUGUUCCAUCUCUACCUAAUCCUAAUUUUGAAAUAUUCGAUGGCAAAGACUUUCCUCGAUGGCGUGGAAAGAUGGAAUUCUUUUUAAGACAAUUGAAGUUGGCAUAUGUUCUUGAACAACCUUGUCCUAAUGCUCCUGGUUCUGAGGUAGCAACUGACGAGGCUACUUUGAUUAAAGAACAAAUUGUCAAGUGGAAAGAUGAUGAUUAUCUAUGUAAGAAUUAUAUUCUUGGAGGAAUGUCCAAUAAAUUUUAUGAUCAAUAUUAUACCAAGUGCAAAUUUGCUAAGGAUAUUUGGGACGCUCUCCAAAAUAUCUAUUUGGCGGAAGAGGCGAGUUCAAAGAAAUUUCUUGUUUCAAACUAUAUGGAGUUCAAACUGGUUGAUGAUAAGUCAAUCACUGAACAAGUGCAAGAAUUCCAACUUAUAGCUAAUAAAAUUGCUAUCUCUGGAAUUGCUCUUGAUGAAAAUUUUCAUGUUGGUGCUAUUGUCUCGAAACCUCCUUCCUCUUGGAAAGAAUACAGAAGCAAACUCUUACACAAGAAACAAGAUUUGACUCUUGAGCAAUUGUUGCAGCAUUUGCAAAUUGAACAAGAGACUUGA